GCACAUGUCGGGGCUUCACUGAGGAGUUUCAGUCAGGGAGGAAGACAUCCAGAGGGAGACCUCUGUGUCUGAUUGGCUGAUGACCCUUAAAAGACCACCAAUCAGACAGCAUCCUCACUGUGUGACUGCGUGUGUUUCCCUCUCCGUCUCUGAACGCACCGUGUCAGCUUGCGCAUAUUUUUAUGUUUGCAGCUCUGCAUGCAUGCAUGAGCGUGUGUGUGUGUGUGUGUGUGUGUGCAGGAUGCUAAAAUCUGGAGCUGUGAAGGAGGGGGAGGGGCGAGGAUAGAGAUACUGAAGAAAUACAUGAAAAUAGAAAGAAAGAGGGAUAUAUAGACUAGAAGAAGAAGAAGAGAGGAGGACAGUGAGGAGUGGACAGAUGUUGAGGAGAGAGUGAUAGUGAAAGGCAGACUGAGGAGAGAUCGACGGAGAGAGUGAGGAGGAGGAGGAGGAAGAGACGAUCUGCUGUAGGAAGCAGCAGUGUCGUUGAUUUUCACAGGAUCCAAGGCAGCUAUCCUCUGUUGCCGUGACGAUGGGCUGCUGGCUCUCCGGACCAUGGAUGGGUGACCAAAUGAUGAAUGGGCGGAGUCUAGCACACCUGAGCCAGCGGGAUGCUCUGCGAAUCCUGGCAGCCAGUCAACGUCCAAUCACCAUGCAGAUCAAGGCUCAGAGGGGGUGUGGCGCUGAGGCAGAACGGGGAACAUGGGAGCCCCUCCCCCUCAACCUGCAGCACCUCAACCUGCCCCUCCCAGUGAUGGGGGCGGGACUUAAUGCCUCCAGCCCCUCCUACCAGGAGAGACAUUAUUACGGCCAUCUGUCUCUGCCACAAGAUCACUGUGAUGUCGGACGGUACAGCUACCUGUCCAGCUCCCCACGGGACACUGUGGACAUCGGUCACCAGGAUCCAGAACUGACCGGUCGUCGACCAAAGGGACAGAACUGCCUGAUGGGAUGUUGCAAUACCAACUUAGAAGACGCUAAUGGCUGCCACAGUCAGACUGAUGAUGAGGACUUCAUGCUGGAGAAGCCACUGGGCUUCCUGCCUCUCCACCAUGAGCUGGACAGCGGUCUGGGCUGGACCGACGGCUCUCUCCACCAGGGGGACCUCUCAGGGCUGGAGACCGAGGAGGGAGGCCUGGAGGACUGUCAUUCACACGGGGCCCUUGCCCCGGGGGGUUGUGGGGGCUUCGGAGGUGGUGGCUCUCCGUCCUCUGAGUCCUUUAUCUCCUCGGAGCUCAGUGACUCUGGCUUCUACAGUGUUAGCACCGGGGAGUUCAGGCACUUCCAGAGGCUGCUGGAGAAGCGGAUGCGGUUGUACAAUGCCAGGUUGCAACAUCAGGGCGAACCCUGCGAGAGGCGGGAGCGACGUGACAGUUGCCCCAAGAGUCACCGUGAGCUGCUGGAGGCCAUCCCAGAGGCGCUGACCAUGCAGCCGCAGUGUCAACGCCUGCAGCUCGGGAUGGAGGAGGACGCUGGGCCAGUCAUGGACCUCCCACCCCGUGGACUCUUCAGGGUUUCGUCAGUCCAGUUCCAUAAAGCUGACCGACCCUGUUUGAACCGUCACAGCUCCAGCAGUGGAGCCCUCUUCAGUCCUUCUCACACCCAUGCUGCAGUCUCACGAAUGACUGCCCCGGUCCUCUCCACCUGCAGCACACCCUCCAGCCACAGGAGACCAAUAGUGCCAAUGCAACAGCACCACCAAGGCUCCAGCUCAGUAGGGAUGCUGAGGAGAAGCCGAACGCUGCACCAUCGGCCCCCUCCACAGGAGUACCGCCGCAGAGCCAGCCACCCAGCUUCCCCUUCCUACUGCGCAGCAACCCUGCACCACUGUGGAGGUGUCGCGCCACAUAACGUCCUGCCGCCAGGUCUGCCAGAGGAGGGUGAGCUCGUGGCCAGUGUGAUGUCUUCCCACCCAGCAGCCCUGACCCUCUCACCCCAGCAGCAUCACACCGCUCUGGGGCAUAUGAGGCCUGCCAACACCCAUGAGCGGUGCUACGACAACUCUAACAGUCAGAUCGCUCACCAUGACUGGUGGCACUCACAAGAAAGAACCUUGAUUCCUGAGCCAAUGCUGACAGAAAUGGACAGAGAGAUUGAGAGGGAACUGGAACAGAAAGAGCUGGAAAGGGAGAGAGAGGCACAGAUUCAGGAGGAGAUGGAGAGAGAGAGGCAGCAGGAGCUGGAAAGGAGCCGGGCCAGGGAGCUGCAGCACCUCCAGAGUCUGGGCCACUCUACUCAGUCUGGAGAUGUCAACGACACCUGGCCGAAACCAGCCAGCCGACAGUCCCAGGGCAGUGGGGGAGGUAGAGGACUCUACAGCACACUGGAGGGCCACACAGGUGCUGGUGCUGCUGCUGGAUGGGAAGCAAAGAAAGGACAUAUGAAUGCGAAUUCAAGUCCGAAUCCCAGUUCUGGUCUACAGCCAAAACUUAAUCCAAUUUCCAAACCCAAUACAACCUCACGGAUCUCCAGGAACCAGCUCCUGAGAGACCGGGCGUCUCAGCUGGCAGAUGAACGCAGCGGGAUGAGCACUGAUGAGGAGACCAACACUGACAUGUUGAUGGGUCGGUACUGGAGUCGAACAGAGAGGAGGGAACACUUCCUGUUGGCUCGUGAGCAGAGGCAGCAGCAGCUGCAGGCCAGAGGAGUGAUUGUACGAGAUGCUGUCAGCAGGGGAGGAGCCAUCGCAGGAGGAGGAGGAGCCUCUUUUGGAGAUGGAGGUGUGCUGGACAGCAGAGGAGUUGGAGCUUUUGCAGAGGGACGAUGCAACACAGUCCUGGAGCUGAGUCACAAGAAGUUGAGUCGUCUGAGGAACAGGAAGCUGUUGGAUGACUGGACAACAGUAGAGGAGCUGUUGACUCAUGGAACCAGGUUGAACAACCAGGAGGACAUGCUGUGUCCCAGCUCCCUGCUGACGGUCACCACUGUCUAACUGCAUGGACACCACAUCUAACUGUAACUCUGUGUGUGAGUGUGUGUGAUGUUAAGAUAAAAAUACAUUUUUGCAAAUCCACUCAUUCUGUCUUUUCAGAGUGAAAAGAAAGGAUGGAUAUCAGUUGAAUUUCUUGGAUAUGUUUAGACUAGCUUAGCAAAAAGAUAGGAAGUAGGGGAAACUGCUCCCUCCAUCACAAGAGAGAAAAAAAAAUCUACCUUCCAACCCCAAAGCUGUCUGAUUUAAACAAACUGCUUUGACCCUUCCCCAGCCACCAGGGGGUCCUAAACAAAUUGAAAUGCAACUUACCUUUGGUCUUUACAUGGAGCUAGGCUAGCAGGUCCCCCUACUCGUAGUCGCUGUGCUAAGCUAAACUAAACAUGUGCUGGACCCUGUUCCUCAUAAACAGCUGAAGGAAUCCUGGAUGUUAUCCAGCUAAAUAAUCCUGUUAAUUCUCAUCCAUCUAACUUGGAUUAGGUUAUUUUAUACAAAUUAUACGUUCAGCGUCAUCAUAGCCACAAGGGUCUGGGUGACGUAAAUUUUUUCAUCAAGUUAACUCAAGCCCAAAUUGUACUUUAUGCAUCUGCAAUGCUACAAGGGUUUGAAAGGGGUUUCACCUAUAACACAGGGUUACUGUUUGCCAUCUGCUGUUUGUGUCCUUCAAUGUUGUAGGGACUUCAGCCAUCAGCAUACAAAGCACAGGGUCCCCUUCAUCUCUCUACAUGAAGGUCAAAGAUGAAACUGAUCCUCAUCUUCUCAUAUGACUCUGGAAGACAGAGAUCAGCAGGAUUUACGUAAAUGUCAGACUGUUCCUUUAAUGAAUGUCUGCGAGAGAGGGAACUUCACUGUCAUCGCUGUACAUCACCUCAACUGAUAGCUUUAUGUGUGGGUGUGUCACCACUGUACAGCACUCCCGACAAAAUGUGUGUGUCAGUGCAUGACGCUUGUAAUGACAAACAACUGAACAAGGUCAGAUGAGUGUGUUUGCAUCAUGUGUUUCAUGCAACAUCUUAUGCGCCAUUUAUUUCACAGAAUUUUAGACAAAAUUACAAAAAAAUUGGGUUUGGACACAAAUCCUCAAACAGACAAUGAGAUUUUGGGGAGCAAUACUGUUCUGCGUGAUGUACCUGGCUGUGCACUAAAGAUAGAUCACACACAACUUCUUUUACAUCAGGACCACAGAACACAUCAACUGUAGCAAUGCAGACAAUGACAACUGAGAUUUGAUACCAAAUCCUGAAUGGUUUUUUAUAGAAACUCUGUUUACAAUUAAAAUAUCAAUCGGUGGGAGCUUUUGUAACUCAAUGAUAAGAAACGAUCGGACUCACUUGCUUGUGCAACACUAGUCAUACUGUGAUGAUCGUGAAUGGGGAACAAUGUGCCACAGAUGUUUGCAGUGGAUUUCGAUCACAGCUUUAAUCUGUAAAAUCAGCUGCUGUAGUGUUUUAUGCUGCAUUCACGUCUUAUUUUUCAGGCUGCACUUAAAUGCAGCUGAGUUACAAAACAUGUUCACGCCAAUCUGUAAUUCUGAGUUGGAGGUUUCAGGAAUUUCUGACAUCCACAUCUUACUUAGUGAAAAAAUCUAAAGAAAUGUAAAAAGAUAAAUCAAUUUAAUUUACCUGGAGCUACUACGACACUAUAUACUCUAACAAUCUGUUACUAUAUAAUAAAUGAUAAGGUUUAUGAUAUUACUUUGACUAAUAUAACUUGCUAUUUUAAUAGUGUCAUAUUCAUAAUUCAAUAUUUUAUUUUCGGCUCCAACCCAUUCGAUUAAGCAAUGUGAUCAGAUUAGAGGAAAUGGAUGGCAGCAACUUGUUUGGAGCUAGCUAGCCAAAGGCAUCGUGCUGCCACCCAGUUAAAAUGCAGAACACCACCACAGCUGGGCAGCAGUUGCAGCUGCUGCAGCAGCACCCUGUCUGAAAGUGCCAUAAUGUGUGAAUGACCCACAGUCAUAACAACGGGAGGUUUUCUCCCAUUCUUACUGUUCUGCUGUUCUGGCGUGAAUGCAGCAUGAACUCUUUGGCCCUUCAUGGCUCAUGGCUCCCCGUUCCUGCUGAUGUCUUUACUGUUGGCAGGAUGUUUACAGAUCUACCUUCCCAGGUACAGCUUCUGCAUGUUUACUGAAAUCUGCAGCGAUGUGUUGACUGAGAAAAGAGGAUACACCUCAAAUCAACUUUACAUUAGGUUGUCCAGACUGCUGCAGCGUCUGUACAGUCAGGACAGACGGAGCUCCAGUCAGCGUUGUUGACAUUCCACUACAAGCAGGUACAGUGUGAGGAAAUCUGAAAUCUACCGAUUCCAGGUCUGCAGUUCGGGGAAAUGUGCAAUAAUACCUCAAGCUAUCUUUAAUAUGACAAUGACAGUGUUGUGUGCGCUACCUGUCAGGUUUCCAUCGAAUGCAGUAAUGAAUUUUAAAUCAAACACAUGCACAAAAGUGUCGAGUCACAAUAAGUGCAGAGUAAUCCUAGAAUCUAAAAUAGCAAGAGGAAAGGUUAUGUAGAUAUUUACAUUAUUCUCUACAUUGUUUUCCAUGAGAGGGACCUAAGAAAACAACUUUUUGCACAUCAUUUUUUAUACCUUAAAGUUUUCCCUACCUUUCUGUACCAGGGACCGAGGCCAGUGGAACGACUGUAGAUAGAACGACAGUGUGUGUUGAUGUUUUCUUUAUAAACUAUCAUAGUGAUUUAUGGAGGAGUAAAAAAAAUCAGUUUAUUGUCAUUGUGUUGAAGAUAUUUCAAUAUUUUUCUUGUGAUGGUUACAAAACCAAUGUGAACAGUUUUCAUGAUCUUUAAAAUAUACUUCAUUUACUUAAAAGCUGGCUUUAAAAAACUUUGAUUUACCAUUUUCAAAGAGUGGACACAAAAUGUGAAUAUUAUUGUCUCUUUACAUGGCUAAAUUGAAUUUUACUGUUGUUUUGUGUCUUUAUGACAUGUACAUAUUGAUUUUGUCAAAAGGUGCAGAUGAGGUUGAAUUUAGCAACAGGACACACUGAUGCCAUCAGACGCCUCCAAUGGUUUAUCAUGUGAUUCUGUAGGUUUAUAGCUGUGUUAUGGAGGCUGUAUAUACAGCGCAGAGAUUAACAUUGUAGUAUUAGUAUGUUUAACACUCACAAUAUUGUCAAAGUUCAUAGAAAGUGGUUCAGUUUGUUCUGAAUGUUACAUGUGGCAUCCAUAAAUUAUGAGUACACUCAAAAAACUGCUGGGUUAAAAAAUAACCCGACCUUAACCCCACCGCUGGGUUAAUAUGGGACAGAACACACACUGGGUUGAUUUGACCCAACUGCUGGGUUUUACUAUUUAACCCAUUUGUUGGGUUGUUUAUUUGACCCAACCUAGAGUGAAAUUAACUAUAUUGCUGGGUUAUUUUCUGUCUCAUUAUCUUGCCACUUUUACAUUUAAUAAAUAAUGUAAUAAUAAUAAUAAUGAUAACAAUUAUUAUUAUUAUUAUCAUUAUUAUGAUUAUGUAUAAUUUCCCAUAAUCAUACAAAGACAUACUUUACAAAAAGAGGCCACAAAAUGUUGAUUUUACAUGUUUGUAUUGUCUUGCAAAUUGCAUUUAACAAGCAACUCAUCCAGAACAGCUUCUUCAGUAAAAAAAAACAAAAACCUUGCUAACAUGUUCAUAUGAUGUUUUUAUAUAAUACAGACAUAUGAUUUGUGAAAUAAUCAGUCAACACCAUGAAUAAGUGUUUCCACCUUGAACUGCAGUGAACCAAUGACACUCACAAAAACAGAUUCGGACAGCCAGAGUUUCAUACGUCACAAACCUAAGGAACCAAUCCUGUGAACUUGUGAGGACGGGAGGGCGGGGCUAAAUAAACCUGAAACCUUGUCAGUACAGAGAGAGAGAGUUAGCAUUAGCACAACCACUAACACUGUGUCAGCCACUGCCAGUUACAAGCUAACAAACAACAUAAACAAAUAAAAGAUGCUAACUACACUAACCGUUCUGAUCCGUCUGCUAGUCUCUGGUUCUGGUCUCAGACUCCUCAUCUGAGUCUGGGUCUGACUAAAGCUCAAACAUGUGGCUGAGUCUCUGUAAUGUUUUCUCCUCUAACCAUCUUGAUACUCUUUCACCAGUCACCGAAACCUUGUCAGUACAGAGAGCAAGAGUUGGCAUUAGCAUAUCCAUUCACACUGUGUCAGCCACUGCCAGUUACAAGCUAACAACAUAAACCAUUAACUACGCUAAUCGUUCUGAUACCUCUUCUAGUAGCUGAUUUUGGUGAACAUACACUCCUCAAAAACUCCUGAAUCUGUGUCUGACUGAGGCUUAAACAUGUGGCUGAGUUGACAGGUGCAACAGUAGCGCAUAAUCAUGGAGAGCCAUGUUUAUGCGCUACUGUUAAACCUCUCAACCUAGUGCAAGCAGCGGUGGUGGGUGGGGGAUAAGGCCUGAUCCAGAGUUUUCAAUGAGGAAGUAAGCCUACAUGUGUUUACAGCCCCAGUUUUUUCACUUUUUAUGUUGGAAAACCAUGUUAAACUAAAUAUGAAUCAUAGCAGAGUAUGUUUACAUAGUUUUACACAUGUCAAAUAACCAUUGUUAUGAAUUAUAAAUAAAUGGCACACAUCCAUGCUUGUGCCCAAGAAUAACAACCAUAAGAAUCACAAAACAUUGCAACACGCUUCUAAGUUAUGGGAACAAACUGUUCUCAAAAACCUAACGGGCGACGAGUCAUGCCCAUCAAUGCUAUAAACAGCAUGGCGAAGGAACUCCCGGGUGGGGGGGGGCACUGUUUGGUGUAAUUGAUAUCAAAUAUAAAGAAUGCCUUGAUGCAAACAUCAACAGCUCCCAGCAAAGAGUCUGAUUCCAUGGCGUUGCCUGCAAUGAUGGUGAAGGCCUGGUAUGUCGUUUCAUCCCCAAGGCACAAAAUGUGUAGCAAUGGUUGAUGGGGCUCUGCAUACAGCAAAUUCUCUACCAAGUUGGUCCCCAUAGCUAGCUAGUUAAUCAAUGUCAAUAAAAUAAUAAUAAAUAUAAAGAUAAAAAAAACCCCACUCUAACGCCUAUGAUCCCCUUUUAUAUAUUUACAGAGUUUAAGGCCCAACUGUUACCACAAAUUAUUAAAAAUAUAGGUUAAGUAUUCAUAUUAACGUACAAAUCUGCCUGUCAGAGAUGCAUCCACAAUGUUCCAGAAAGUGGAGAAGCGGGAAAAUGAAUGAACCAUCUGCUGGGUCAAAAUAACCCAACCAAGUGUUUAGCUGCAAAGAGCCCUUCACAAGCGUUUGACCCAUCAUGAACAACCCAACUGUUUGUUUACAGUACCCGAAACAACCCACAAUUUUGACCGAGCAUUAUUAACCCAACAAUGUGUUUACUUACAGAAACAACCCAGCACUUUUCUGAGUGUAAUAACAGCUAAAAUGACCAUGUGCGUCGUGGAGCUUCUGGCCUCGUCGACCACUUCCCCCGCUGUCGGCUGAGCUGACUCUGGAGCGCACGCUCACACACUGACCACCUGAGGACACACAGCAAAAUCUCCGUCAGUACGGUGUACACAGCAACACAACAAUAAAACACUGUCCUCGACCGCUAGAGUGUUACUAUAGCAACACUGUUGUGUUGUGUAGUGUUGCUGUGCAUUGUUAAAAACACUACGACAUUUCAGAUCAGUCUUCUUGUUCUUUGUCUUCUCCAGAGUCAGAUUCAGUUUCAUCUCCGAGUGUCAAACACAGAGAUGGGUCUAGGACGUGUUUAGCCCUGCUAAGCUCAAAUACUGGAAGAAAGAAAAAAACAACAACAAACAAACAAAAACAACUCCAAAGCUGUACAAUUUAAAAGUUUAAUAUUUUUAUUGAAUGGAUAAAGACACUGAAAUAUAACAAUGAGAAGCUGUGGUUUUAUAGGAUAUGUUAAUCUGAGCUGGCACAAAGACUGGCACCAGGGAGAAACUUUUUGUUUAUUUCCAUCAAAAACUGAAUAAUGCUAGCAGCACUGUGAGCUACACGCUAACUGCUUACAAUGACAUUAACAUGGUGAUGUUUACUAUGGUCAUCAUCGUAGUUUAACGUGUUAGCAUGCUAACGUACAUGUAAAUAUACUGCUGAGACUGAUGGGAAUGUUAUUAGUUUUGGAGUAACUGACCAAUAUAAAAUUUUGAGCUUUUUCAUUUGAUAAAAAGGGUGUCUUUAAAAUCAUUACAGUUCAAGAGGGUGCCAUGAAUAUUGGAACCAAAUUUUAUGGAAAUCCAUCCAAUACAGUAGUUGUUGAGAUAUUUCAGUCUUGACCAGUGGUGGCAGACCAAAUCACAUGGCCAUCUCUUGAGGCAAAUGUAGAAAAAAAAAACACUUUUUACCAACUCCAAAGUAGCUAACGAGUUAGUCAUGCAAUGCACCAUUAUAAGAUUUUUACUUGGAAGACAUUUUGAUAUGUCAUAGUAGGAAAAGCAUAGGUAUAAAUAAUAAAAUUAGGAUUGACUGAAUUUCACAUAGAUAAUUAGGGACCUGGCAUUCUGGUUAACUGCCAUACUGUCAUGUCCUACUGGGACGCUUCAAUAGAGCAGAGCCAAUGUUAAAUGCUGUUAGUAACGACUGUGCUUUCCCUUCUGUGUCAAAAUUUCCUCUGUGAAAAAGGCAAAUAGAAAGCAAAAAGUGAAAGCAGGACUCCAGGGUUUUAAUCCACAAGACAGAAAACCUAAUUAAAAAUCCCUGUGAUGAAUCCCAGGAUUACAAAAGCUGUAUUAAAAGUUGCUAGGGAGCAGUUAUCUUAAUGUUCAUCAUUUUGAUUGAAAACGUAUGUUGACUUAAUUGCUGUUUAUUCUUUAACCUGACUUACAUCAACCUGGGCGACUGCAAACAUCUCAUUCAUUCUUGGCAACAAUUUGGUGUUAAUUUUUCUUCCCAUGUUCCUAUCUGUAAUCCCACCCACACACACACACACACACAGAUGAAACAGAUAUCCAUCUUCUCAUCUGACUCUGGAGAAGACGGGAGAGCAUGAAGAUUUAUAGAAAUGUCAGACUGUUUUAAAACACUUUAAAACACUGAGACUCAGAGAGAGGUGGAAUCCAACCUCCACCUGGUUUGUUUCCACGUUUUCCCUCUCUCUCAGCUGUGACUCAAACAGUUUGAAUAAUGGAUGACAAAGAGGGAAUUUUUUCUCUCCACCCGCCCCCCAUCACUCUCUUUGCUUACGUUACACAAGGACUCAGAGAGCUGAAAAUAGCGCUGCUGUCCUCAUGUGAUGUGGAAUUAAAAGCACACUGGAGCGGAGACGCUUGCUGCCGGGGAACUCAACACUUGUUUUACUCCAUCUGACAAUCCCUCCAUCCAGUCUGCAACACCACCUCCAUCUGUCUGUGCAAGGGUACUUUUCAUGACAGCAAGCCUUUUGGAAUAUGAUGACGUACAUGUGAUUGUAAUAAAGAGAUUUUAAUUAGCUAUGA